CAUCAGCACAGACAGCCGCUCCGACAUCCAGCUGUCUGGACGCUGAUUCAUUUCACCACACACCAGCUCUGGGUGUAAACUCAGAAGGGGUGUUUGGGAAAUUGAAAGGCGUCCUAACGGCCAACAAGGACUCCAUCUUCAGAGAGCUCCAAGAAUGGGAAAAUCAGAGAGCCAAAUGGAUAUCAUGGAGAAAAGCACUAAACCGAGGAAGCAUCGCUGGACUGUAGUGGAGAUCGGACUGUCUGUCAUUGUGCUUCUGAUGAGCUGCGCUCUGGCUGGACUCAUUGUGCUCUACACUUCAGCUCUGAGAGAGCGUUUUAACAUCAAUGAAUCUUCAAAAGGGCUGAAAUAUCGAUCAAACGCUGACAGCAAUGUCUGUACAACCCCACAGUGUGUCACUGCCGCGGCCCGACUGCUCCAGAACAUGGACCCCAGCGUGGAGCCGUGCCAGAACUUCUAUCAGUACGCAUGCGGAGGCUGGAUAGAGCGUCACGUCAUUCCCGAAACCAGCUCACUUCACAGCGUAUUCAAUAUCCUGAGAGAUGAGCUGGAGAUCGUACUCAAGGGAGUUCUGGAGAUGGAAAGUAAGGAUGACAGAGAUGCCUUCAAGAAAGCCAAAACGCUCUACAGCUCAUGCAUGAAUGAGAUUCUGAUUGAGCAGCGUGACUCGCAGCCUCUUCUCAGGCUCAUUGACAGUAUCGGCGACUGGCCCGUGGCCUCUGAGGUCUGGAACGGCACAUCAGAGCAAGCGUGGAGCCUGGAGGACACACUGGCUGUUCUGAACGCUCGGUACAAUAAGAAGGCCGUGCUGGAGAUGUUUGUGUGGCCAGAUGAUCGAGACUCCAGCCGCUACAUUAUCCAUGUUGACCAACCAGCUCUAGGAAUGCCUUCAAGAGAUUAUUACCUCAGCGAUGGGAAUUAUAAGAAGGUGCGCGAGGCGUACCUGGAGUUCAUGGUUUCCAUAGCAAGGAUUGCACGAGAAGACAGGAACUUGACCCAAGAUGAAAAGCGUGUGUGGGAGGACAUGACUCAAGUGCUGGAGCUGGAGACAGACAUCGCGAACGCUACCUCACCUGCAGAAGAGCGCAAUGACAUCACUGUGCUGUACAACAAAAUGACACUGAGAGAAGUGCAGCAAACUUUCAACCUCAAUGGCUUUAAUUGGACGCGCUAUGUCCAGGGUAUCAUGUCUAGCGUGUCAGUAACGGUGCAACCAGACGAACCCAUAGUUGUGUACUGCUCACCUUAUCUGGAGAAGCUCAGAGAUGUUCUUUCCAAGCACAGUCACAGGACUCUGCAGAACUAUCUGGCGUGGAUGCUCAUCAUGGAGAGGGUCAGCAGUAUGAGCCGGCGCUUCAAAGACGUGAGAGCGCACUACAGAAAGGCUUUGCAUGGCACUACAGUAGAGGAGGCCAGGUGGAGAGACUGUGUCCGUUAUGUCCAGGGCAACAUGGAGAACGCCGUCGGGGCCCUGUACGUCCGGGAGACCUUCUCUGGAAACAGCAAACGCAUGGUGCGUGAACUCAUCAAAAAGAUUCAGGACGCUUAUGUGGAAACUUUGGAAGAACUGAGCUGGAUGGAUGAACGGUCCAAGGAAAAAGCCAGGGAGAAGGCCAUGGCAAUAUCAGAACAGAUCGGUUAUCCCGACCACAUCCUUGAAGAGGAAAAUAAGAAACUGGACGAGGAAUACACACAUCUGAAUUUCAGUGAGGAGAACUAUUUUGAGAACAUUCUGGAAAACCUGGCAGCCUCUGCCCAGAAAGGUCAUAAAAAGCUGAGGGAGCCCGUGGAUCCUGACAUGUGGAUUAUUGGUGCGGCUGUGGUCAACGCUUUCUAUUCACACAACAGAAACCAGAUUGUGUUUCCUGCUGGCAUCCUCCAGCCUCCGUUCUUCAGUGAAAAACAGCUGCAAGCUUUAAACUUUGGUGGAAUUGGGAUGGUUAUAGGACAUGAAAUCACUCAUGGAUUUGACGAUCAUGGCCGCAAUUUUGACAAGGAUGGGAACAUGAACAACUGGUGGAGCAACUCCUCUGCCGAGCGCUUUGAGGAUCAAUCUAAAUGCAUGGUGGAGCAGUACGGCAAAUUCAGCUGGAAACUUGCAGGAGGCCAAAAUGUCAGUGGCAUCACAACACUAGGAGAGAAUAUUGCCGACAACGGUGGCGUUCGUCAAGCAUAUAAGGCGUAUAUGAAGUGGGUGGAGAGGGAGGGUGAGGAGCCACGUCUUCCCGGACUGGAAAUGGAUCACAAACAGCUCUUCUUUCUAAACUUUGCCCAGGUCUGGUGUGGUGCCUGUCGCCCUGAGUACGCCAUUCAGUCCAUCAAAACUGACCCACACAGCCCUCUGGAAUACAGGGUUCUAGGGUCCCUCCAGAACUUUGAGGCAUUUUCUGAAGCAUUUCAUUGUGCUCGAGGAACUCCCAUGAACCCCGAAGAGAAAUGUCAAGUGUGGUAACCUGCCGGUGAAGUUACGGGAGUCUGUGUAUAUUAUACGAACCAGGCAGCGGUUAGGAGAGCUUGGAUCAUAUUAUGUUGUGCUGUGGCAGCUGCCUGUCUGUUAGUCUGAUAUGACAGACACGACAAAGGUGUUAGACACCUACAUGUGUGACUGCAUAGAUGUCUACUGUGAACUUUCAAAUGCGCACAUAUAACCAACAAGUGUAGGCGUCGUGAACGUGCACUGAGGGUGUUGCUUUUCUGAAAAAGAGGCAUGCUUUUUCAUUAUCUAUAGGUCCUGUUUGAAUAUUUACAGGUUUCUUUUGACACAUUAUUAAUUUUGUCAUUGAAAAACAUGUGUAAACACAAUAGUUCAUUGUAACGGGAGGGCUUAUUGACACCAGAUUUUGCUAGAUUACGUCAAUUUUGCUUAAGCGACCCAAAAACAGCUAACAACUGGAGGCUUGGAAGCCGAUAGAGAUUGUGGUUUGAAUAGAAACCAGUCAAGGCAUCAUGUUUCGUUUCAUAAUAAGCAGCCUUAAAAUAUUUUGAUUAUGCUAUAAGAAAUUAUUCUUUUCUUUUCUAAAGCAUGCAGCGGAAAGAGGCAAAAGCUGGAGUCCUAUUGAGCGCUGUUUUCACAAAAUAAUCCCAAUGUAUAUGUGCGAGCUACGAGAAUCUGUCAUUCUUUAAAAUCGAGGGCUUAGCGUUAUGUAAAAGGGCCCGUGUUGACAACUACACGACAACCUUAAGACUGUUAAAACCAUAUCGCUUCAGGCUUUGUGUGUUUUUGUCCAUAAAUAGCCCCGAUUCAUGGCUGCCUUGCAAUUACGUGACAGACUUCUGUUAAAGCCAGCAGAUAAUGGCAGGAAGCCGCUGCAAUACGGGAAUGAAUUAGAUGCAACGGGUCACUCAGACUGUUUGUUUGUUUCAUACAAGCUGUUCAUUCAGCCAGAGAGCAUUUCUGUUCAUUGCGAAUGUUAACACAAUGUUUUAGCAUGUUUAGGGGCAAGAAUCGGAUCUAGAGAGACAUGUUGUAUUAAAACUGAGGGAUCUUUAACCAUUCAAUCCUCCUGGUUUGGUUUUUAUUCGGGAUUCUUAAAAACAUAGUUAAAGCAUUAAGAUACAGAAAUAGAAUUUGUAUUUGUUUUUUAUCAGAUCAAGAUCAUUUUCUGAAGCAACACAUUUUGUAAUCAAUAUUUGUUCACAAAUUAGUUUUAAUACUCUACAACCAUUUUUUUGUUUGCUUAUGGUCAUUGGUGUAAAUGUUCACGUUAGGGUUGGGUACAAAAUUGGCAUCGAAAGAUGUCUACAGUGAAACAUCGCGAUGGACGAUGACAUUGACGUGGGGAGUUAGGGGGCGUGCCCAAAGCGUGAAUCCUUAUAAGGCAUGGAAAACAAAUAACGAAUUCCUAACACCGUGUCAACAGCGGACGCGAGCGGCACGGCAAAAUACUAUAGAUCCACUGAUCUAUAAUAGAGAUUCAUUAUAUAUAGAUCAGUGUAUAGAACUCAUAAUCAGUGAUG